GCUUAUUUAAAAAUUAUAAACACUCGAUAAAACUGUAAUCUUUAUUAUUUAUAAAGAAGUACCUACCAAGUUUUCUACAAACACAAACGAUAUUAUAGCAAUGGCACAAGAAGAUGACGAAGAGGAUCUGAAUUUUAACGUAGAAGAAGUUCAAAAUAUUGUAAGGGAUAACAUCGAGUUUUGUCUUGGAGGAAACAUUUAUAGUCAUUCAAGAACUCCACAAUGGAUCACUGUAAUCACAGAAAAAACGCUGUCAAGACUCAAUAAGCUAAACAAGCCUUUCAAAUACAUCAUGAGAAUGACGGUGACCCAGAAAAAUGGUACAGGUUUGCACACGGCAGCCGCAUACUUUUGGGAUAUUGCCACGGAUGGGACGUGCACGGUGCGUUGGGAAAAUAAGUAUAUGUACUGCAUAGUUAAUAUAUGGGCACUCGCCUUACAGCUAUAAUUAAUAAUUAUUUACUUAUUAUAUCUUUGUAGAGUUAGUUUAUAAACCAAGUCGGUCAAC